AUGGAUCCAAGUUUAGUUUUAGAGCAAACGAUACAAGAUGUGUCCAACCUCCCAUCAGAAUUUCGUUACCUCUUAGAGGAGAUCGGUUCAAAUGAUUUGAAGCUCAUCGAAGAAAAAAAGAAAUACGAGCAAAAAGAAUCACAAAUACACAAAUUUAUAAGACAGCAAGGCUCAAUACCGAAACAUCCACAGGAAGAUGGGCUUGACAAAGAAAUAAAAGAAUCACUUUUGAAAUGUCAGUCUUUGCAAAGAGAAAAAUGCGUUCUGGCGAACACUGCCUUGUUUCUAAUUGCUAGACACUUGAAUAAGUUGGAAAAAAACAUCGCUUUAUUGGAGGAAGAUGGUGUUCUAGCCCCCGUGGAAGAAGAUGGAGACAUGGAUAGCGCUGCUGAAGCCUCUAGAGAAAGUUCAGUUGUGAGUAACAGUAGCGUGAAAAAGAGAAGAGCUGCAUCAAGCUCAGGAUCCGUUCCACCCACUUUGAAAAAGAAAAAAACUAGUCGAACAUCUAAACUGCAAAAUGAAAUUGACGUUUCUUCAAGAGAAAAGUCUGUUACUCCAGUGAGCCCAAGCAUUGAAAAGAAGAUUGCAAGAACAAAAGAAUUCAAAAACAGUAGAAAUGGUAAAGGCCAAAACGGUUCCCCUGAAAACGAGGAAGAGGACAAAACUUUAUACUGCUUCUGUCAAAGAGUUUCGUUUGGAGAAAUGGUUGCAUGUGAUGGACCCAACUGUAAAUAUGAAUGGUUUCAUUAUGAUUGUGUAAAUUUAAAAGAACCUCCGAAAGGAACAUGGUACUGUCCCGAAUGUAAAAUUGAGAUGGAAAAAAACAAACUGAAAAGAAAACGUAACUGA